CUUCGCUGUCUGUCGGAUCUCUCAACAUGGCUACAUUCAAUCUCCAAGAUGAAGCAAGAAGCCUCGUCUACGGAGGACGACAUGAUCGUGAUGAGGAGAAUGACGCGGUCGAGGACCUGCCUGCUGUCGUCGCGGGACAGCGCGCAGGAGCGAAGCGCGGCGCGUAUUGUCGAUUCCCAGACGGGUGCACCAAGUACGCCCAGGCAGGAGGGUUAUGCAUUGCGCAUGGUGGCGGGCGUCUGUGCACCGAUCCGUUGUGUCCCGAGUAUCACACACGAACAUGCAAGAAGCAUGGCGGCACGAAGAAAUGCUCGCAUCCCGACUGCACCAACGUGUCGGUGGGGAAGACGCGCAUGUGCAACACGCACGGUCCCGGUCGGCGGUGUCAGACGGACGGGUGCGACAAGGUGGACGCGGGACGAGGGUACUGCAUGGCGCAUGGCGGCGGCCGCAUUUGCAAGAUGGACCAUCCCACUGCGUGCACGAAGAAGCAAUACCGCGGCGGCUACUGCUACGAACAUGCGAUCAAACCCAAGUGCCAGUCGGAAGGAUGUACGAAGAUGGACCUCGGGAAGGGCCACUGCAAGACCCAUGGCGGCGGAUACGCAUGUAAAGUGUCUGGAUGUGUCAAGAAGGAUCAAGGCAAGGGCUACUGUAUCGCACAUGGCGGCGGCAAUCGGUGUCACAUAUCCGGAUGCGACAAAGUGAAUCGAGGUGGCGGGUACUGUAAAGCCCAUGGUGGAGGCAAAAAAUGCGACGUGGUGUCGUGCAAGUGUUGGGUGGUCGGCGGAGGUCGAUGCAAAGCCCACGGAGGUGGAAACAGCAGCAACAGCAGCAGCAGUUGCCACUCCACCACAGGCAAACGGUGUGCCGAGCCAGGAUGUACCAAGUACAACCAAGGUGGUGGGUACUGCCUGGCCCACGGCGGAGGUGUCAAAUGCUCGACGGACGGCUGUAUAAAGAAACAGACACGGUAUGGGUUGUGCAGUGGCCAUGGCGGCAAGGCGCGAUGCCACGUCACAGGGUGCGACAAGAUCAGUCAGACCAAAGGAUUGUGUAAAGCCCACGGCGGUGUCAAAAUCUGCAGUGCGCUGUACUGUUCACGACAAGCCAAGACCAAGGGUUUAUGCAUUGCGCAUGGCGGCGGGCCCAAAUGCAAACACCCCACAGGGUGCGACAAAGCCCAGCGAAGUGGGGGGUUUUGCAAGGCACAUCUCGCCAGUCGGGCUAGUACUACUAGUACUAGGACUAGCCUCAGCCCGACCGACCAACCCGACAGCCAUCCAUCUCCUUCGUCAUAUACUAUCCCCCCGCCGCAAAUGGUCGUAGCAUCGGUACAAAGCCCAUCUCUCCAUAUCGAUCCACCCUGUCGCACAUUUGUACUAUAACGAAUAUAUGACGAUAUUCUGUGUGCCAUAUAUAUAUAUAUGUGUGUGUAGUCCACCCGCCACCACUUGUCGCCUUCCAGUGCGACGUUUUCAGCGUACCCCACGACCAGUUCGCUGCACCAUCCCACGUACUCUGCCGCUUCGAUGCUCAAUCCGAGCGCCGCCAUCUCAAUUUUGAACCCCGACACGACCGAGGACGAGAGUGGCGGGCGGCGGGAACCGUUGCCGGCUACGACGAGGACGUCCAACACUGUCACACAUUUGCUCGACAGCUGCUUGCCGUACAUGUACGCGUUGCCGUCGCUGCGCCUGGACGGGUUGGUGCCGCCCGCGUCGACGGCAGAAGAGGUGGUGCGAUCACACGGCCUGCAACAUCAACUCAACCCCAUCGACGAGCUCGUGCACCCCACGACCCAAGACGCAGCACUUACCAUGACGUCGCUGUGGUAGAUAUAACAGGGGCCCCUAUAUCGACCACAAUAACUAUUGCAAUAUAUAUAUCGCUCGUUCAAUA